AUGAAUACUUUUAAGAAGCAAACAUGGACGUAUGAUCCAUUAUAUAAUACUGAAGUAAAAUUAUUUAUUAAAGACAUUUUUAAUUUAACAUGUAUUCAACAUCAAAUAUUUGAUAAUAAAACCGUUGACGACGGGACAUCGACCAUUGCUUGCGUGGCGUUCGCGCCAGAAGACAAACCUUUUACACAACUACGAGGUGAUCCAACAAGUUCAUCGGGAAGUAAUUCGCUUUGUCCUCCUACACCUAAAAUAUCAUCCAUUCUGAAAAAUACUAAAUUUAACCUAACAGAGUUGGUUAGAGUGAUUGGAGUAAUUAAUGAAUUUAAUCAAAAAAGGGAGAUUAAAAUCCGUUUUAUGGAAAAGUUAGAAGAUCCGAAUGAAGAAUUACUUAGAUGGACCGAAAUAAUUUACUUAAAAAAUCACGUAUAUUGUCGAGAGUACAAUAUCCCACGUCAUCAAAAUUCAGGACGAGAAAUCAGGCCAUCCAAGGCUAAUAGAAAUAAUAUAUCAGAAUAUUAUUCAAAAAAAAUGAAGACGUCAACAACGAAUAAUUUAAACAAAGUACCAAAUGAUAAUGAAACGUUGAAGAGACGCAUUAAAGAAUACAUUAAAAACAAUGAAUUAAAUGAAUUUAGAUUUAGUAGAAUUAUUGAAGUAACUGAACUACAACAAGUUGCAACCAAAAUCAUACAAUUGAAAGGAGAAGAAUUUAAUUCCAAGAAGAGGGUGAAUGAAGAAUUUGGUGCAAGAUGA